AUGCUGAUUUCGUCAUCGAAAAGAUACGGAUUUCCUGCUUUGUUCUUCAGAGGCAUUACAUGUCGCAGCUAUUUUGGUCAACUGAGGUCUUCGGGAGGCGUUAAGGAUACCAUGGAUGAAAGCCAAAAAAUCAACGUCAACGUUGGUCCAGACGGUGGCCUGAUCAACUACAACGAGCCAUCCUGUACGACUUGCGCUCAACGAGGGGCACAGCCCAUUGGUGUACCAUUAGGGGUACCCAUGUCAAAGCCAGUCCCAAUGGGUGUGCCGGUCGCUCAGCCAGUGCCAGUCGCGCAGCCUGUUCCUGUUGGAGUCCCAAUCGGCCAGGUCGGCCCAGAAAUACCGCUACGCGAUUUGGAAGGGCCCGGACCCGUUAUUGCCAUCAGUAACUAA